CAUUCGUUCGUUCCGCACUCCUUUUCCCUCCACCGGCGCCGUCCGCCAUGCCCUUCUCCGCUCUCUGCCUCGACCCCGCCGCCUCGCUCUCCUUCCUCCCCGCCGCCGCGCGGCCCCCGGCGCCAUGCGCGGUGGCGCCGCGCUCGCGCCGGGCGGUGAGGGUGAGGGCGGAGGCCUCCGUGGUGACGGCCGCGGAGGAGCCGGCGUCGGCGGCAGCGCAGGGGCGGCUGGAGUCGCUGAGCCAGGUCGCCGGGGUGCUGGGCACGCAGUGGGGGGACGAGGGGAAGGGGAAGCUCGUGGAUAUCCUCGCGCGGCGGUUCGACGUCGUCGCGCGGUGCCAGGGUGGAGCUAAUGCUGGACAUACUAUAUAUAAUUCAGAGGGAAAGAAGUUUGCACUGCAUCUUGUUCCAUCAGGCAUCCUCAAUGAGAACACACAAUGUGUGAUUGGUAACGGAGCAGUGGUUCAUCUUCCUGGCUUCUUUAAGGAAAUUGAUGGGUUGGAAUCAAAUGGGGUUUCCUGCAAAGGAAGAAUUCUAGUUUCCGAUCGUGCCCAUCUUUUAUUUGAUUUUCAUCAAACUGUUGAUGGGCUCAGAGAGGUAGAGCUUGGAAAUUCCCUUAUAGGAACAACAAAGAGGGGAAUUGGACCAUGCUAUUCGAACAAAGUUACAAGGAAUGGACUUAGAGUCAGUGAUCUGCGGCAUAUGGAUACCUUUGGUGCUAAACUCAAUACCUUACUGACAGAUGCAGCUCUUCGCUUUGAAGGAUUUGAGUACAGUACCAAGACCCUUAAAGAGGAGGUUGAGAAGUACGAAAAGUUUGCCGAGCGUUUAGGACCUUAUAUUACUGAUACUGUGCACUUCAUGAAUCAGUCAAUCUUGCAAAAGAAGAAAAUAUUGGUUGAAGGUGGUCAAGCCACCAUGUUAGACAUUGACUUUGGCACUUACCCGUUUGUUACUUCCUCAAGUCCCUCAGCUGGUGGUAUUUGCACCGGCCUUGGUAUUGCUCCUAGAAAUAUCGGUGAUCUCAUUGGAGUGGUAAAAGCUUACACAACCAGGGUCGGCUCUGGUCCAUUUCCAACAGAGCUGCUGGGUAAGACUGGUGAUUUGCUUCGUGCUUCUGGAAUGGAAUUUGGGACAACAACAGGUCGGCCAAGGCGCUGUGGCUGGCUUGAUAUAGUUGCACUCAAGUACUGCUGCCAAAUAAACGGUUUCUCGUCUUUAAAUCUGACAAAACUCGACGUCUUGACUGGUCUCAAGGAAGUAAAGCUGGGAACUUCAUACUGUACCGAAGAUGGUAACUCAAUCGAAUCAUUCCCAGCAGACCUUGAUCUUCUAGAGAAAAUUAAGGUCAAAUAUGAGGUCCUACCUGGUUGGGAGGAUGACAUCUCCUCGGUACGAAGCUACAGUGAUCUCCCAGAGACUGCUCGUUUGUACGUGGAGAGGAUAGAGGAGCUGGUUGGUAUCCCAGUCCACUACAUCGGGGUAGGACCUGGCCGUGAUGCUCUCAUAUACAGAUAAGACUUUCAGGAAGCACAUCUCAUAUCAGAUCCCUUGUUCAGGAGAAUAUUGUUUCUUUUUCUUUCCUAAUAAGGACAUUGGUUGGCUGGAGUGUAUAAACCUUCAAAUUGUGAAGGCCUGGAGGGUGCAGGAAUUCCAACAAACAUGGUUAUACGAUCCCCAUUAUCCAUCGGUA